AAACCACAGGCUAUGGCUUCUCAAGAUGAUGGACCAUCCGAGAGCAGGAAAACGGACCCUGGAUGGAAGUACAAUCAUCUGAGGAAUCCUAAUGAUAAAAAUGCCGUUUCAUGCAACUUUUGCAAGAAGAUCACAAAAGGUGGAAUUUUUCGUGCUAAACUACACCAAAUUGGAGGAAACAGAAACGUCAAGUCAUGUACAAGGUGUCCACAGGAGGUUAAAGACGAGUUGAAGGCGUAUGUUGCGAGCCAAAAGGCCAAGAAAACAAAUGAUGGGUUGGCUGAUUUGGCUGAUGAACAGGAGGAUGAUGAAGUUAUAGAGAUACCUGCUCAUCAAAACAAGAGGCAGAAGACGACUAAUGUGAAGGGGCCAUUAGAUGUGAUGUUUUCAAAAGGUAAAGGAAAAUAAGUUCAAA